GCUGCUGUUUCUCAUCCAGAUCACUUAUUUUUUGAACGCCAGGUUUCGUAUACGCACACUUUCUCUAAUCAUGAGUAGUGACGGCUGCCUCGAGGGUAUAAUUGAGCAGCACCAACCAUCUACAGCGGAGCAGCGCUCCUCGCCUGGCCGGUGCCCGUGACUGGGCGCGCUUCGGCGCUCCCGGGCACAGAGCGGCUCCCGAAGCAGCGGCACAGACAGCGGCAGUCGGCGGCGCACGGGCAGAGCGGGUCCCCCCGGGGGCCGCAGGGUCCGGUCCCGGCCGCGUUCCCUCCCCCGCCGCUGCACGGGGCUCCCACCGGCAGCCGGGUCACGUGUGCGGGCCGUAAUCCCGGCGAGGGGGUGUCGUUACCGGGGAAGGGGGCGGCGGGAGGAGGGGCUGCCGCCGAUGAGGGCUGAAGCCGGGAGCGCGGCCGGCUGCGGGCGCCGGAGCCGCGGGCGCCGCUGCGGGCGAGGCGGGGGCUGCGGCCGCGGCCAUGGCCUGGCCCUGCAUCAGCCGGGUGUGCUGCCUGGCCCGCUUCUGGAGCCAGCUGGACAAGUCCGACCUCUCCGUGCCGCUCACCAUCCACAACUACUCGGACAUCGAGGAGCAGGAGGACGGGCCGCCCCAGCGCGGCGGGCCCCCCUCGCGGGGCAGCGCUCGCCCGCCGGUCCCGGCGCGCCGCCCGCGGGAUCCCGCCGCCGCCGCCGGGAAGCCGAGCGGCCGCAGGAAGGGCCGGGCGGCCGCCGCCGGAGAGCCCUUCGCGGCGGAGACCCAGUACCGGCAGGACUUCAGAGCGUGGCCCCUCCCGAGGAGGGACGCCUUCCCCUGGGUCAGCGCCAGUAGCGGCGGCGGCGGCGGGAGGGACGGGGCCGCCCCCCAGCCCGCCCCGGGACGCGCCGCCUGCGCCUUGCCCGGCGGCGGCGGGAGAACGGCAGUCGACGGCCCCGAGCAGCUCCGGCCGCGCUCGCAGGCGGACGGCGGCCACACCACCUCCUACAGACAAGAGUAUCGCCCAUGGACUGGAGCCAAACCAUCCAAGCCUAUAAAGACAAAACAAGGCUUCAUUAUGCCAGAAGACCAUUUUGUUCAAGAGACAAGCUACAAGGCAGACUUUAAGAUCCCAGAGGUGAAGACCAGGUUCUCCCCCAACCCUUCUGCUGUUUUCCAAGCGCCAUCGCGGAUCCUCAAUGUUUGAACCUGGACCCUCCUCGCACCCAGGCAGCUUAAACGCAGCGUUUCUGU